AUGGCUCACAAAGGGGAUCGCGACCUUGAUAUCAAAGCAAAGCUUUCUCGCAAGAUUGCAGAACUCACGAUGGUUAUACACUUGUUGUUCACAAGGAAUCAUGAACGAGAGCUGGAAAUGGAAGCAUUAAAAAAUGCAUACGAACAUGAGAUCAGUUUAAUACUUGAGGAAGCUAAAGGAAAAGUGUCAUGGUUGGAGGGACAAUUGGAUGACCUGGAAAAAAUUCGUGUUUUACUCGACUUGAAAAACACAGAAAACGAGAAAGACAAACAGCAAAUUAAAGAUCUACAAAACAAGGAAGCAGAAUUGAAUUUACUGUUAGCGAACAAGGAUCAGCUUUUAACGAUGGCUGAAAAACAAAUUGUGGAAUUGAAAGAAAAACUUACUGACAAGUUAGCUUCUGGAGACGAACAAGUUGCCCUUUUGAAAACUGAAUUAGAGAAUGUUAAGAAAGAUAACUGUAACUUGAAAGAUAAACUGAAGGCAAAAGCAGAUAACACGAAAAAGCUUAAAAGCCAGGUUGAAAGUCUUCAAUCCAAAGUGAAAAUAUUAGAGGAAGAGUUGCGGGAUGCUGUGGAGAAAAAACAAAGACUUGAAAAUAGUGUCAAUGGACUGCAAGGUGAUUGGCAGGAUGAAAUUGAUAAUCUCAGUCGCAGAAUUGCCGAAUACACCAAACAGCAACAAGAAGACCAAACAAGAGUAGAAAAAUUGGAAUGGAAAAAUAAACAGUUGAUUCAGCAAGUGAAAGAGUUGGACAAUGACAAAAGACAUCUUGAACUUAAAAUUCAACAAUAUGUUGAUGAGAGGAAUAAAAAGAAAGAGGCCAAGAGAUCUCCAAGGCCUGUUGCUAAGGGCAGCCCUGAGGUUCCACGGACAACACCUGCAUUUGAUGUAAGUGUUACAGGUCACAAUUAAAUUGUGGUUGAAGUUUUUCAACAGCUAGGUUGAUUCUCAAUUUCUUUGUAUCCUAGCCCUAAUUUCUGAAUAAUUAGGGCAAGGAGACAAAGGGAGUAGAGAAUCAACCUAGGUUAAAAAAUUUAAAUCUGAAUUUAAUUUUGACCUGUAACAUAAGCAACGGUUAGAGCUAUUUGAGAAAUUACUGUUAUUCCACGCAGUAGUAAGGAAUUUGUGAUCAAGGCUUUAAGUGACUUUUGAUGCGAACAAAUACUGAGCAACUUGGAAAGAGUAUCUUUUUUAUCAUCAAAAAAUCACUCAGGGCUUUUCUCCAUGCACCUCUUUAAUUCUACACUUAUCCUGCACCUAUCAAUGUCAACCCUUUAAGCCCCAAGGUCCACAUACAAAUUCUCCCGACUGAUCGCCAUACAUUUCUUUUAAGAACAGUUGAGAGAAUUUGAUAAAAGAUCAAAGCCCUCUCCCCUUGGUAAUCAAUUUAGUAAUUCUCAUAACCUUCACUCUUGAUGCAUAUGAUCUGCUGAUGUUGUUAGGAGAAAAUUGAUGUUGGUCACUCUUGGGACCUAAAGGGUUAAGCCCUAGGGACGGUGAAGCGGUAAGGGGGUUGUCUGGGCUGCAGACGUAAUCUAACCAGCUUUUGUUAGUUUUAGGGAACCGUAGAUUUAUAGAAGAAAAAAACAUACUGAAUGCAUGAGCAAAAUGAUGAGUUUAUGCGACAAUGUGAUGAAUGUAUACGUCAAAUGUAGAAUGUAGAACAAGAAACAAACAUGAAUCUAUUCCAGUUACUUUCUGUAUUAUUCUCGCCUGAAACUAAAGUAAAUUGCCUAAAAUCCAAAAAAUUACAAAGAAAUGUCCCAACUGCAAAAUUCAUGGUUCGUGGCUAAAAGAUGUUUUCAAGAAUGACCAGUACUUGCUCUUCGUUUUUUCUUUGUUGUCGAAAAUAUGACAUUAUUUUUUGUCGUUUUAAACUCACCAUUUUGCUCCCACACUUACUUGUUUUUCUCUCUAAAGCUACAGUUCCCUUAAAGUAACAAAAGCCAUCUAAUCCUAUAUUAGCAACAUCUGCAAAGCAGUACCAAGAUCCUGUUCUUGGCCCCCAGUGGACUCACAAAGUACCAGAAAAUGCAUUUCAAAUUUUCCUUCAACCUGAUUACCAAAUCAACAAUGGCAUUUUAAAUAGGCAAAUCAUGGCAUGUAAUCAAACCCUGGUACACGGGUAGAGGCUCAGAACAAGGAUUUUGGUGUUGGUUCGCAAACAAACCUAACCAGGCCAGGGUUGUUCAAACGUUGAAUAGCGCUAUCACUAUCCACUGGAUAACACAAUAAUUAUGUUAUCCACUGGAUUGUUUCCGGUAAUACUUAUCUGCUGGAUAGUGAUUUAUCCUGUGGAUAGCACUAUCCAGCUUUUGUACAACCAGGGCCAGAGGUUUAGUUUUAUCUAUGGCGUAGGCUAGGGAGGGGGAAGCCCCUGGGGAAUUUGAGAACAGCAGUGAGGUCAGAGUCAAUGUAACUAAUGCAUAGGAAAUGAUACACCCUAGGGUCAAUCAUAGUUUGUACAAUCUGUAAAGGUCUUGAAUUUAUUUUAGUAUUCAUCUUGAAAAGUCCUUGAAUUCAGUUAAGGUCCUUUAGUAAAAGUUUAAAAAAAGCUGAAAACAGGGAAACUAGGAAAAAAUGCAGUUAGAUAUUUAAUACUAUUUGACCAUGACUGUGUUUUAGAGAGAUGAUGAAUUGGAGCGCCUAAGAAGGGAAGUGCAGCGUUACCGACUGGAACUGAGCAACAGGGAGUCAUCAUUUAACAGAAUGUUUACUGAUCAUCACCCUGUGAUAGUGGAUGGCAAACCAAGGAAAACCUCUUCUGGGUUGAUGACUGAUUCAGUGAGUAGCUUUACUAAGGAACAUUGUUAUCAAGAAUUUUUUCUAGCAAAAAAGUUGUUUGUGUUAAUUAGAAUUGACCACUCCAGAAAAUACCAUAACAUACCAUAAUGCUCUUUGUUUGUCACCCCAACAUUUUGCAUAAACAUAAUUGUUUAGAGUUUCUCUUGGGGCCAUUUUAACUUCCAGGAGAAACUGACGACAAUGCUUCUGCAAAAUUUUCGGGUGACAAAAAAAGGGCAUUAUGGUAUGUUAUGGUAUUUUCUGGAGUGGUCAAUUAGACUUGAGCAUUUCAAGUGUAAACAUCAAAAUAAUACUACAAAUUCAUGAAGUACCCCCACCUUCCCUGAUCUGGAUGAUGAAUUCUCCUUUCUUACAUCUAGUUAUUUUAUAUAUCUUGCUUUCACCACUUUAAAGUCUUCUUUUGAUUAUAAUGGUAACCCCUUUGGCCCUUUAUGUAGUAUUAUGUAAUGAGGCAAAAUGGGUGCAAGUCAAGAAACUAGUUAAAACAUAGUCAUUUGUCAAGACUGCCCCAGACUUCACCAUGAUCACCUUUGAAAAUCUUUCAAUUAAAUUAAAUUGUUUCAAAAUUUAUUUUCAUUAUUUUUUAAUAAAUAAUUUUUUUUGCCUUUGUAGUCUUUCCCAAAUCUGAGUGGUGUUCAUGUACGGAAAAGGAAUCCACAUUUGCCGGCACUUGGUGAACAGAGGAUAAGCACCAGUGCACAACCUCCAUACCAUGGAUUCUAA